AUGCCCAUUCCCAAGCCUGGUAACUAUUUUUUUCUCGUACCUAUCGUGGCGCUAGUGCCCUGGUAUGGUAUGCUUAUGGCUAUGCUCAUCUGCUGGGCAGGGCAGGGACAUCCUCUGUAUGCUUUCAUGGAUCCUGAAGACAAACAGAACGUUGUGUAUAUCUCUGAUAUCGGUGCCACUAAUCUAAAUCCAUUGUUUAUCGCAUGUGCCGGUUGGCAGGGUCUCUUCUAUGUCGUUACUGUCGCCUGUGAGUUUUAUCAAAGAUCCGGUUACUGGCCAUUCCGUCUCCGGGCCAAUUAUAAGACCAGUGCAGAUGACGGUUCUACCAGUGAGUUAUCUGUGAACACCAUGAAGUCUCAAUAUAGUGAAAUGCUUGCUUCAGCGAGGUUUCUGAUGCCUCCAUGGUACACUCGUGAUGAGAGGAAUUUGAUCUUUGCAUCAUUUGUAAAUGGUCUAAUAGGUGAACUUGCGCUACUGUUCUGUUCUAUUUUCACGACGGCCAAAUACCAUACGGUUCAUAUCACUAUGGUGGUUAUCUUUAUCAUUUUCCUAUUCUUUUCGGUGUGCUGUAAUAUCGCAGAGUAUAUGGUCAUGGGAAGGCACUAUGCGUUGUUACAUCCGCUAGCAUUUCAAGGUACAGGUAGUCAGCCCGUCACAAUAGAUCAAUUGAAAUGGUACCAAUGGAGAGGACAUGUUUGGAACAAAUUCACCAUUAGUGGUGUAUCCAAAAUCGUUUGGCUCAUAUUCGCUAUAGUUUGGGCCAUUUGUUUUGCAGCUAUUGAUGAUGACUCCAAGAGUGCCUGUUUCGAAUGGUUAUUAGCGUUCUGGCUCGGUCUCUACUUCAUCAUGCUAUCAAUCGACUUUUAUUUCGGUGGUAGGUAUAAGAAAUCUCGUUAUUUCCAACACGUACAGUCCUUCUCUGGUUACUAUAAGUACGACGAGUUUCUAGCCAGUACCAAUUUCCAUCAUGUUUCCAUACCUGAUGAGGGAGAAGAAGUGGUCAUCCAUGAUGCAGAACCUGUCUCCAUGAGGGCAGUCGUGGUUUGA